AUCCUGCACAUACUCGGUAAGCGCUUGAGGUGUGAGGUUCGGUGUUCUGUGCGAGAGGGACCUCAUAGUUAGCGGAGGUGGGUAGAGAAAAACGCUGAAGGGUCGUGGCUCUGUGUGAAAGUGAAUGAGGGAGUCAUAUAAAGAGAAAGAGCCACACAUAGAGGCAGAGGAUCCUAUCAGCUGUGCUUUUAUUAAUCUUUCGCAUCACAGGACGAGACGCCUUAACGGGAGUUCAAAAAACAAGUCUGCAAAUAUAAGGUCCCCCGCCCAACAUUACAAAGGCCAAUACGCUUAACAGAGCAGACCAUGCCAUUCCCUUUUGUAAAAUCUCAGAAGAGCCCGGCUGAAAUAAUCAGGACAUUGAAAGAAAAUGUUAGUGUGCUGGAGAAACUGGAUCCAGCUGAAGGAAAGAAGUGUGAAAAGGUGACAGAGGAAAUGUCCAAGAGCUUGACAGCACUCAAGGAGAUCUUGUAUGGGACCAAUGAGAAAGAGCCUCAGACAGAGGCCGUGGCACAGCUGGCACAGGAGCUCUACAAUACCAACCUCCUAAUUGGGCUCAUAGCCAAUCUGCAGAGAAUAGACUUUGAAGGUAAGAAAGAUGUGGUUCAGAUUUUCAGCAACAUUCUUCGAAGACAGAUUGGAUCUCGAACUCCAACCGUGGAAUAUAUUUCUUCACAUACACAAAUCCUUUUCAUGCUGCUCAAAGGGUAUGAAACCCAGGAAGUAGCUCUUAAUUGUGGGAUGAUGUUGCGGGAAUGUCUCCGUCAUGAGCCACUGGCCCGUACAAUCUUGUUCUCUGAUGAGUUUUAUAACUUCUUUAGAUAUGUAGAGCUCUCCACUUUUGACAUUGCCUCAGAUGCCUUUGCCUCCUUCAGGGACCUUCUGACUAGACACAAAGUGAUGUGUGCUGACUUUUUGGAAACAAACUAUGAUAAGGUGUUUACAGAAUAUGAAAAGCUACUGCACUCUGACAAUUAUGUGACCAAACGGCAAUCAUUAAAGCUUUUGGGUGAACUACUUCUGGACAGACACAACUUCACUGUAAUGACCAAGUACAUCAGUCGCGCUGAAAACCUCAAGCUUAUGAUGAAUCUUCUGCGAGACAACAGUCGUAAUAUCCAGUUUGAGGCCUUCCAUGUUUUCAAGGUGUUUGUGGCAAACCCCACUAAAACGCAACCAGUCAUGGAUAUACUGUUGAAGAACCAGACCAAGCUCAUUGACUUUCUGACCAAGUUCCAUUCGGACCGUGUGGAUGAUGAGCAAUUCUGCGAUGAGAAGAACUACCUAAUUAAACAAAUCCGUGAUAUGAGAAGGCCCUUGACACAAGAAGCUUAGUGUCGCUCUUUUUUUUUUAUGUUUUAUUUUAUUUUUUAUUUUAAAUUUUUAUAUUUUUCCCUUGCUGCUUCCAAGACUGUCCAGGGCAUCAGAGGGUUCAGUGUAUUUAAUUUCCAACUCUCCGUGAGCCUUGUGCAAAUUUCUUGGUUCUGCCUAGAAUUUGCCUCACCAGAAUGUUAGAGCCGGAAGAGUGAGGCUAGCGUUCUGGGGCUAAGCAGUUUUAUGUACUACAGAACCACUAAGGGGCAACAAUGGUAUGCCGCUUUACUUGAAUGGAAGACUGCUUGAAAAACCGCAUGCUUCAUCCUGUAGGUGCCUGGAGGCAACAAAAUUAAAAGCAGCCUUCAUAUGUUCUUAAGAGCUUCCACUGUAAAAGUCAUGAGUAUGCAGCAACUUGGGGUAUGAACUGGAAGGGCCACCUGGUAACCAGUUGAGCCAGUACAGCUGAAACCAAAUGACUUUUUUAGAGUUGACCAAAGAGUUGGUCUGCCCAACAGUGAUGCCCUAUACAGCAUAUACUCUACAGCCAACUGAGACAGUCGUGAUUCUCUCCGUGGCACUCACUCUGUCUUAGCCGAAAGUGAGUAAAGAUGUGAAAAUUUUAUGAACCAAAAAAUAACCAUAAGUAUCCUCUAUUAUAUGCUUUACACAAAAGCUUCAGUGGGAAAGCAGAAUAUAUUUAAUCGUACUCUACUCUGCAGUAUGUAAAGAGUUAAGGAGGGUUUUUUAGAAAGAGAUUUUAAAUUUCAUUCAGCCGUGUUGUGAGAGAGAGAGAGACUAUAAUUCCAUGGACUUGUAGAACUGUGGUUCUGAUCUGCCAUGUUCAUGUGAACGUCCUUCCAAUUUUAUCACGAAGGUCGUUGUCACUUUCAGUCAGCACUUCUGUGCUUGCAUUAGCUAUGGAGAGACAUCUUGCAGCUUUUGGUUAUGAUUUCAUGGUUUCACAGUGUGGAUGGUCGAAUCAAGUGGGAAUUAGAAUGGGAUGUGUAUGUAAUGGCCAAUGCAGCAGUUGAGAUGUUCAUGCUUACGGUGUUCUGGGAUAUACAGCCUGUCACGUUUUUCUAUGUAUUUUUAAAUCACUGUAUUAGGCAAAUGUUUUGAUUAUUGGAGCAAAACUUAUUGAGAGCUCUCCAAAGAUUUACUGAAAGGAAAAAAAAUCUUGCUCUAUUCGCAUGUUUGCAACAUGAACCUAUUUAUUAAUAAUGUAUAAACAUUUUAUUCAUAUAUUUUGCCUCUUGGAUAUUUUUGAAAAGUCUUGUUCAUGACAGCAGGACCUGCAGUUAGCUGAACAGUCAAAACGAAAUUUGUCUUUCAUAAUGUUUUGUUAUUCUGCAUACUUUACUGUACAUGACGUUACUGUGCACCACGGGUCUGUGAGCCCGGUACUGCAAGACCACAGUAACUUCAGAAAUUUGCUGCAAAGAAUCUAAUUAAAAAAUAAUUUCUGUUUUUAUUGAAA